CCUCCCAAGGUGUCGGAGGAGCCAUUUAGUAGCGACAACUACGAGUCUUCUUUCGAACCUUUCAGGGCAGGCAAUCUUUUUUAGUUUGCCGUGUCCAAGGCUUUGUUUAGAGACGAAACCAGCACACGGCAAACGAUGGGUCCCAAGAAAUACGCCCUCCUCCCCAUGGAGGAGGAGGAAUUGGCCCCUGCCAAGGUCGUCGAGAAGAAGAAGGAGAAGCGCUCUCGACGCGAUUGCGAGAAAUCAUCCUCUUCACACCAUGAUAGGGACCGCCGUGACCGGAGUCGAGAGCGCGAACGCUCGCCACGACGUGACAAGUCGCCCCGCCGACGAUCACCGCGUCCGACCGAACACAAGUCCAGAACUAUCCGACGACCUGCUGGCGAUGAAAAUUAUCAGGAUCGUUGGGGUGAUGAAGAAUAUGACUCUGCGGAGGAACAGGAAUUCCAGGAGUCGGCGCCGAAGCGGUUGAAGACGGACCACGAUGACGAGGCGGAUCUAUCUGAAGGCGCCAAGGAAGAGCGUGAGAGGCAAAAGGAUAUCGAGGAGCGGGAGGCAUUUGCGAAGCGUUUGAGGGAGAAGGAUGAUGAUAAAACUAGGAAACUUGUUGAAGACAGGUCUUCCACUAAGGAUGGCAAGAUAUUGGCGCAACGGCGGCUGCUCGCUGAGGAUGCGGCAGCGAGAAGUGCGGCAUUGCCAGAUCUGAGGGAGAGGUCACGACAGGAGUACUUGAAGAAGAGGGAGGCCGAACGAUUGGCGUUACUGAGGAAGCAGGUUUCGGAGGAGACGGAGGAACUGAGGAGCGGCGUCAGGUUGUCCGAGAAGGAAAAGACGGAAUUUGCGAAGAAUAGGGAAGUGUUACGGAUCGCGGAGGAGCGGUUACGUAUCGACGACCAUUUGGAUGGCUACGCCAUGCCAGAGGACUAUAUCACGGAGAAAGGCAAAAUCGACAGGAAGAAGAAGGAGGAGGCUAUGUACAAGCGCUAUGUUGACCGUGACGAAUACGGCCAAGAGAAGUUCGUCACAGAGCACGAGGAGUGGGAAAAGGAACAAGCGACCAAAGCCAAAGCUCAAGUCCAAAGCAGAGAGUGGACGGAUCAAGGCGAAUAUGACUAUGUCCUGGACGAGGAGCAAGGAAUUAAAUGGGUUAUGGAUCAAAGAAUGCCAGGCGAGGGCAAAGGCAUGUCGAAGGAAGAGAGAUUUUUGGCCGAACAGCUCAAGGCUGCAGAGAAGAGAGCCCUGAGCAUGGAGGAGACGCGGAAAAGUCUUCCCAUCUAUGUAUACAGGGACGAGUUCCUUGCAGCCUUGGAGGAGCAUCAGAUCCUUGUCAUUGUUGGUGAAACUGGUAGUGGAAAGACUACGCAGCUGCCUCAGUACUUGCAUGAAGCCGGAUAUACGAAAGAUGGCCUGAAGGUCGGAUGCACGCAACCUCGUCGUGUUGCAGCGAUGAGUGUUGCAGCUCGUGUAGCUGAUGAGAUGGGUGUCAAAGUAGGGAACGAAGUUGGUUAUUCGAUCAGAUUCGAGGACUCGACGAGCGACAAGACUGUCUUGAAGUACAUGACUGAUGGUAUGUUACUGCGAGAGUUCAUGACAGAACCAGAUCUGGGUGGCUAUGCUGCCAUCAUGAUUGACGAGGCCCACGAACGGACUGUUCACACUGACAUUUUGUUGGCGUUGGUUAAAGAUUUGGCGAGAGAGAGGCCCGACUUGAAGCUGCUCAUUUCUUCCGCAACUAUGAACGCAAAGAAAUUUGCCGACUACUUUGACGACGCACCCAUUUUCAACAUUCCUGGCCGUCGAUACCCUGUCGAUAUCCAUUACACACCACAACCGGAAGCAAACUAUUUGGCAGCUGCAAUUACUACAGUCUUUCAGAUUCACACCACUCAAGGGAAGGGGGAUAUUCUCGUCUUCUUAACUGGUCAGGAUGAGAUUGAAGCUGCGGAGCUGAAUAUCAUGGAAAUCUCUAGAAAGCUGGGUAGCAGAGUGCCCGAGCUUGUCAUAUGUCCCAUUUACGCCAACUUACCCUCCGAGUUACAGAGCAAGAUUUUCGAGCCAACCCCUGACGGUGCUCGAAAGGUAGUGUUAGCCACCAACAUUGCUGAGACGAGUUUGACCAUCGACGGUAUCGUAUACGUUAUCGACCCUGGUUUCGUGAAGGAGAAUAUCUACAAUCCUGUCACUGGCAUGUCAAAACUUGUAGCAGUACCCUGUUCUCGCGCCUCCGCAAACCAGCGAAGCGGGAGAGCCGGUCGUGUCGGCCCUGGAAAGUGCUUCAGACUCUAUACCAAGUGGGCGUUUAUGAACGAGAUGGAUGAAUCCACCACUCCCGAAAUCCAGCGCACAAACCUCAACGACAUCGUCCUCCUCCUCAAGUCUCUAGGUAUCCACGCACUCCUCGACUUCGAAUUCAUGGACCCGCCUCCCACCGAAACCCUAAUCGGCGCACUGAACCAGCUCUUCGCCUUACAGGCCCUCAACCACAGAGGCGAGCUCACCAAAAUCGGACGUCAAAUGGCCGAGUUCCCCACCGACCCCAUGCUCGCAAAAUCCAUCCUCGCCGCCGACAAACUCGGCUGCGUCGAAGAGAUCCUCAGCAUAGUCGCCAUGCUCUCCGAAGCCUCGGCCCUCUUCUUCCGCCCCAAAGACAAGAAGAUCCACGCUGACAGCGCACGCGCGCGCUUCACCGUCAAGGAAGGCGGCGACCACCUCACUCUCCUGAAUAUCUGGAACCAGUGGGUCGAUAGCGACUUCAGCCCUAUCUGGAGCAAAGAGAACUUCCUGCAGCAACGCUCGCUCACGCGUGCGCGCGAUGUCCGUGAUCAGCUUGCUAAGCUGUGCGAGCGUGUCGAGGUCACUAUCAGUAGUGUGGGCGCGGCGGAUCUGGUGCCGAUCUCGAAGGCUAUCACGGCGGGAUUCUUCCCUAAUGCGGCGAGAUUGCAGCGUGGAGGCGAUAGCUACAGAACGGUGAAGAAUAAUAAUACGGUGUAUGUGCAUCCCAGCAGCGUGCUGAUGGAUGCGAAUCCGCCGAUUAAGAUGGUGGUGUAUUAUGAGUUGGUGCAGACGACGAAGGAGUAUAUGAGGAGUUGUCUGCCUAUUAAGGCGGAGUGGCUCACGGAGGUAGCGCCGCACUUUCAUAAGAAGAAGGAUAUUGAAGAGCUGGAGGAGAAGAAAAUGCCCAAGGGGCGGUAGGAUAGACGGGGGCUCGGGCGUAGUAUCCGUAUGCAUAUAUCUAAAUAAAUACAUAAAAUGGAAUAUCUG